AUGAAGCAAUUCACUUCCGCUCUGGCUCUCGCCAGCAUUAUCUCCUUGGUCAAUGGACAUGGCUUCGUCACUAGCCCGAAGGCUCGUAUGCCCGGUACCGCAAUGGAGGCCGCCUGUGGCGCUCAAGCCGUAUCGAACCAAGAGUCUGACAACUAUGGCAACAUCCAAGGCGAGCUGCAAGUCGUCUCCAACCAGGGCGACUAUGAAGCCGAUGCGUGCAACAUCUGGCUUUGCAAGGGUUACAAGUUUGCCGACAACAAGGACAACGUCUUCUCGUACAAAGCCGGACAGAAGGUCGACUUCACUGUUGACAUUCGCGCCCCACACACCGGUGUCGCUAAUGUCUCCGUCGUUGAUACAUCUUCCAACAGUGUCAUCGGCAGCCCUCUGAUCUCCUGGUCUGACUAUGCCUCCGUCGCAACUGGAGUUAAGGAUGACGAGACCAGCUUCAGCAUCACUAUUCCCGAAGACCUCGGCGGCCAGUGUGCCACUGCCGGCGAUUGUGUGCUGCAGUGGUACUGGUAUGCGCAGUCAAUUGACCAGACCUACGAGUCAUGUGUUGACUUCACUGUCGAUGGAUCUGGAUCCGGCGCGGUUCCUGUGGUGUCAUUAAAGUCCUCUUCGAUCGUCAAUUCCAAGAUCGCUGCUGCUACAUCAGCCCCAGUUAUUCCUAUUGUCCCUAUCCGGGCCCCUACGCCCACUCCAGUUGCCGGUCAGCCUACAACCUUCGCUACCAGUUCCCAUCAAUCGGCUACUGCUGUCGAGCCAGGAGUCCCCACCUCCGUUGCAGAUGCCCCUGGCACCGAUGGAGCAGUCUUGCCUUUCCCCGCUGACAGUGCCGAAGAUGUCGUGAGCUGGCUGCAGUCUUUGUUGGGCAGCUUGAUUGGUAACUAA